AAGAAGAGCACUUCAACUAUGAAAGUGUUUUGACAGCAACUAAAACACAAGUUUAUUCUUGUUAUUUUCUUUAACACUUGAGAUCGAAUCUUCGAUUGAAGUCAAUCAUAAUUGUGUUAUUGUUAUGGCAAAAACAAACAUAGAAAGUUACUGGCGAUGCUUCAGGGGCAUAAGUUUUGUUUUCCUUAUAUUUUAUUCCACCUACUUUGGAACGAUCUUUUUAUUGACACCGAUCCUCCCAUUAUUUUUCAUCGCACCGGUGUAUACAAAAAGUGUUACUGACAAGAUUAUAUGGGCAUGGAAACUAUAUUGUGUGUCCAUUUAUGAAGUAAUUUUCCAGACCAAGGUUAGCAUUUAUGGCAGAGUUCCAAGUAAUGAAGCAUCUAAUCUUAUGAUUAUGAAUCACCGUACAAGAUUUGAUUGGCUGUACCUGUUUUCAUACCAAGUCAGGCAUGCAUCAACCAGACGCUAUACUAUCAGCUUGAAAAAUGGACUGAAAUAUCUUCCAGGAAUAGGUUGGGCUAUGCAGAUCGCUGGUUUUAUAUUUCUGGACAGGAAGUGGGAGGACGAUCAGAGAACCAUAUCAAAAUGUCUUGGUGUGUACAAACAUAUUGAUUAUAGACCUCAGUUAAUUUAUAGAGAUUGAGGUAUGUAUAAAAAUAAAUUUGUUUGUUCUUUCAAGAAAAUCCAAAUUUCAUAAUUUGCUGAAGAAAAAUGGAUUUUAUAUGAAAAAUCAAACAAAUUUGUUUAAUUUCUUGCAUUUCGGAGGCAUUUUAGACUGAACUCAAUUUUAAAAAUCUUUUUUGGUGCUUUCAUUUAUCGUGAAAAUGGAUAUUGGAUUUUUUUUCAGAAAAUAACCCAUAAUUGCAUGAAAUUAAGAACCGCGCUGGGACGGGGUCCUGUUAAAGGAUCCCCGAACCCUGAGGCGCCACCAUCUGCGGCGGGCUGAAUUCCCCGGGUAGACUUUGCGGUUCCACCCGUUUGACUCUAUGCGGUUUCACGUACUCUUGAACUCUCUCUUCAAAAAAUUAUGUAUAUGUAAAUGGAAUUUAAAAUUUACAGGAUUGACAGGAAAUGCCUUGAUGAAUAAAAUAAUUAGCUUUAUGCAUUUAAUUUUUGCUUUGAAAUAAUAAAUUAAUCUCAUUUUGCCUUGUAAGUCUGUGUACAUCUUUGGUUAGAUUUAUUAAAAUCGGCUUGUAAUGAAUUUGAUAAAUUAUUCUAAAUCAUGUUUUGUUGUUUGAACAUUUUCUGUGGAGUGUCCAAAUCAAUUAAAAAUGCUACACAGUUACUUCUACUUAUAUAAAGGUUUUUGUUUGCAUACAAUUAAACAUUAUUUUAAUAUUAUUGAAAUGUUUUUUUUGUAUCUUGAUAAGAAAAGAAAUAGCUGGUUUUGACCCCUAAUUUGUUACACUCCCAAAGUUAGCAAAAAUCAAGCAAAAAAUUGUUUUGGCACCAUUAUGGCCAAUAGUGUUGGUGUGCCCUCAAAUCAAUCAAACAAACAAACAAACAAACAAACAAAAAAAGGCAUUUUCUCUCAACCUCAUGUGAUAAAGAAGAAUUCACCUGAAUGUGUCCAUGGAAGAAUGUAAAUUACAUGUAUUUAUACAAGAGAAUUGGUAUGCUGGUGACUAUACACAAGAUCACAUAUUUGUACAUGUAUAUUUUAUGAUCAUCCCAAGUAAUUUGAAAAAAAAAUUGAUUUGUAACCUAUAUGUGCUAUAAUGCUAUUAUGUUUGUAAAUGUAAUGGAAUUGUCCUGCUUGAAAUUUUGAAACAUACCAUUGUUAGUUUACCCCUUAACCUGCCAAAUUUCUAAAAUGGACUUGUCCUGACAUACUAAUUUUUGGAAUUGUCCAUUAUCAUUUUAGGGAUAUCAAGAUGAACAUUUAAUAUUUAAAGUAAGUCAGCCAACAGUAUUGAGCCUGGUCAGACUGCAUGGAAUAUGUGCCUGUUGGACUGGCUCUUAUAAUACUGGUGACAAAGCAAAACUUCAGUUCAGGCAGGUUAUGGGUUAAGGGGUAUCUGUUACUAUCACAAUGCAAAAGAUACAUGUAAGUCAGCAGUAGAGUGGCGGCAUGACCGAGUGGUAAACGCAGCCGACUAGUAAUCUCUGGUUGGUUCCAGGAACGGAUUCAAAAGUGUGUCUUUAAGCUUAUAGCUUACUACAUAAUCAUACUUAAAAAAAUUCUGUAUAAACCAAGUCAGCAAUAAGCCAACUUUAUAAACGAUUAUAUAGUAUAAAUUGCUGGAUCUGAGAAUGAUACUGUUUAAUGAACUCUGUGUUUAUUAUAAUAUUCAUGAUAUAUGCCAUGAUAAAUAACAUAAUUUGUGUCGUAAAAUUGAAUAUUAAAUUUAAGACACUGUUGCAUAAUGCUUGCAAAAUUUGUACAUGUAUGUCACAAUAUCCGUUAAAGAUCACAAAAGAAUUUUACAUUCACUGAAUGAAAUGUAACCAAUACUUAUAUUAUAUUCUUAUGAAUGAAAUAUUGAUGUUCAAAAUAAAAUGCAUAUUUUUCAUUUUCUGUAAUUUCACUGUAAACAAUUUAUUGUGUCGCCUCUACGGAGUAGUGGCGACAUAUAGGGAUCACUUCUCCGUCGUCUGUCUGUCCGCACUACCGAAAAGGGAUAGGGGGCCAUCUAUCUGUAAACAGAACAAAAGAGAACAAUAGAGUUCAUUCGUAACAAUAGAGUAAGGGGCCAUUGGCCCUCUAUUAAACAAUAGAAAAUAACAAAAGAAAUGGCCCCUUAUUCCAUUUCGGCCGGAUGUCCGUCUGUCUGUCCGUCCGUCACAAAACUUGUCCGGACUACUCCUCAUAAACUACUGGUGCAAUUUCAUCCAAACUUUACAGGAAUGAUCAGUACCAAGUCUAGUUGUGCAUAUUGUCAGCAUUUUCCGGUUCAAUGAUUUUUGUCAGAGUUAUGGCCCUUUAAUAAUUUUUAUUUUUAAAGUUUGUCCGGACUACUUCUCUUAUACCACUAAUGCAAUUUCACUGAAACUUUACAGGAUUGAUCUGUAGCUGAAGUCCUUGCGCAUAUUGCACGGGUUUUCCGGUUGAAUGAUUUUUGGCCGAGUUAUGGCCCUUUAAUAAAAAAGGUGUUUUUUUCUGUGUGUUGCCAGAUACACAAAAGCUUGUCUGGACUACUCCUAAAAAAUUACUGAUGUAAUUUCAUCCAAACUUUACAGGAAUGAUCAGUACCAAGUCUAGUUGUGCACUGUCCGUCUGUCUGUCCGUCUGUCACAAAACUUGUCCCAACAUGAAAUUGGCCAUUAUGAGGCGACACAUGUGAUCACUGAUCGCUCUUGUUUUUCACUGCAGAGAACAUAAUUUCUGUAUUUUCACUGGUUUCUUGCUGGACUACUUUCUUCAAAAUUCAGACAUUACACAAAAUUAAAGGAAGUCUUUUGAAUUGUAAGAUCAAAGAAUUAUAUAAUUAACAGAAAAUUCAAGUUUUCUCUAUAUAAAAACAAGAUUUAUUUUCAUCUUUUGGUAUGAAAAUGAUCAUAUUAUUACAUAUGUGCACCCUUGCUCGUACCACAAGAUGAAAAGAAAUCCUGUAUUUAUAAAAAAAUUGAAUAUAUAUUUUUGCAACACAUAGAUCUACAUUCAUUUUUUACAUUCAAAUUUUUCAUUUACAUUCUAAGUUAUUAUACAUUAUUAUAUGUUUUUAGAAUCACCCCAGAAUUGAUUCUCGAUCCUUGCUUUUCAGAUCCACAGAAGAUUACUUGACAUUUUCUGUACAUAAUCAUAUUCAUUUAUACUUUUGCCUACAGUAUGUUUAAAUUAUUUUUUCAUGACCGAUAGCUAGGAUAUAUUAUAAAAAUGUUUCAAACAAUAUUUUGAGGUAACAUCUUUUACCUAGAGCUGUAAGUUAUUCUAACACGACCCGUAGUUUUCCCUAUUGAACAUAGAAGAACCGAAAGUGUGUUAUUAUGCUUUAAAAUCACUGUUUGAUGUUCUAUAUUUAGACAUGUGACGUAACCAUUAUACAUGUGACGUAACCACUGUCAAUAAGUACGGAAACAAAUCAGGUGCAAUUUUGCUUAAUAUCAGCUACGUCAGCAUUUAUUUGUUGAUGUUGUGUUAGAAUCAAUAUAUUCUAUAUAAAUCGCUGAUUUUA